AUGACGCAUAGACGCGGUGCAGCAUCAGACAGGCCGCCCUGUGGGAAGAGGAUGAUUUUUACAGGUCCAGAUGGAAUUGGGGACUAUAGGCCGAGACCAAAUGAUUUCUCCCGAUACGUGGGCGUGGGGGCCCCAUCCCCCGGGGCCACAGGUGACCUCGGUUAUUUGUGCAGGGCCGCGCCCCGGGCUCCACCACCCAUGCCCAGGCAGAGCUACGUGGGCGAGGUGGGCUGGGGGUGGCAGUACAACCAGCUCCUGAACGGCCAAACCCUGCACAGCGAUCAGCAAAUUAAGAAAACAGAAUUACGAGAAGCACUUGAGGACAGAGUCACCCAGAGGUUUCAGAACGACGAAUUCCCAUUACAUCCGUGCACUGGGCCAAAUGGGAACAUCUCAGGUUUGCGCAGUGUUGAGCCAGCGCAU